AUGCCUCAACUGAACCCCGCACCCUGAUUUGCAAUUUUAGUUUUCUCUUGAAUAAUCUUUUUAACUGUUAUUCCCCCCAAAGUUUUAGCACACACCUAUCCUAAUGAACCCACCUCCCAAAGCACACAAAAACCUAAAACAGAGCCCUGAAACUGACCAUGAUACUAA